CCUAAUUCCCGUCAGCUUUCUCCCUUCCAGACAGACGCGACCGCGCCGUCCUCAGCAUAUAGUCCGACUUCAGACCAGCACACCGCUCAUAGCUAGCCAUGGGUACAGUCAUGGAAAUCGAGUCCACCCGCGAAUGGAAAGCCGCCCUCAAGUCGGCGAAGGCGGCGCGUAUGCUUACCUUCGCGAUGUUCUACGUCCCGAGGAGCAAGGCGUGCAAGGUCCUCGGCCCCAUCUUCAGCCAGCUCGCAUCGCAGUACGAGAACGUCGUGUUCUUAAAGGUCGACGUGACGAAGAACAGGAGAAUCGAGGGGAAGUACAACAUCGACCAGGUCCCGACGUUCAUUGUAUACAGGGGCGAGCGGCUCGUGGAUGGGUGCGUGAAGCCGACCCGGCGCGAGCUGCUGGCUUUGGCUGCCAGGUGCUUUUCCAUGGAGCCUAAGCCCGCGACCGCACCCCUUCCGGGAGCCGGUAAUACGACCCCAGUCAACAAAGGGCCGAGUCCUGUAGCUGCAAAUCCUCUGCACGCUGAAGCAGCGCGCGACGAAGCGAAGACAAACCCCGCGUCCGCGGCCGACCCACCUACAUUGGGCAAACCCAUCGAAAUCGAGUCCAUCCUCCAGUGGACCACCUUCCUCACCCCGACGACUAAGGACGAGCAUCUCGUCCUAGUGCAGUUCUACUCACCCGCGAACCGGGAAUGCAAGUCUAUCACCCCCACCUUCACCCAGCUCGCCGCGCAGUACCCGAAGGUCACCUUCCUCCGCGUCGACGCCACCCAGCACCCCGGCGCGGCCAUCGCGAAGAAGUACAAGAUCGACACGCUCCCCUUCUUCUGGCUCUUCAGCGGCGGUCUCCCCGUCGAUGGUAUGAUGGGGUCGGACGCGCGGUCGUUGAGGGAGCUUGCUGCCAGGCGUUUUUCCGUUCCCGACAUCCACAAUCCCGGAGUCGACGCCACCAUUCCGGUGGACGCUGACGUGGCGAAAGCGCAGGGCAACGCCGCGUUCGCGAUGGGCGACUACGGGCAGGCAGCCGCGCACUACACCCGCGCGGUCGAGCUCGCCCCCGGGUGGGCCGUGCCGCGGGCAAAUCGAGCGUAUGCGCAUAUGAAGCUGGUUGAGGGUGCCGGGACGGGGGUGAGCGAUACGGGGACGGAGGAGGGGCAGCGCGAUACGGGGGCACCCAAAGACCUUCGCAAUGAGCUACGCCUCCGGGCGAUGGAGGACGCGUACGUGGCGACGCGCCUGGACGAGCGGUGGGGGAAAGGGUGGGUGAGGCUGGCGCAGGCGAUGUUGAUGGAGGCGGAGGUGGAGGGGAGGGAGGGGAGGGAGGAGGGGGUAAGGAAAAUGCUCGAGGGCGCGCAGGAGGCGCUGUAUAAUGCGGUGGGGCUGUCGGAGGGGAGGGUGUUGAAGGAGGCGCAGGAGAUGAUGGAGGAUGUGACCGCGAGGCUGAAGGCGCUGUAAUGCGACGGACAAGGAUGGAAUCCGAACUGUAUUUGUAUGGUAUGCUCAUGUUCACGAUAUUGAAGGCCUGCUGUCAUUUUCAACAUGUUAAUGCGCUCGAACCCCGUUGUAAUAUAAUGCCACUCACUGAGCUGAUUAUUUUGCCACAGAUGCCGUGCAUGGCGUCCGUCAGGUUUGUGCGACCAGCGGAGGCAGCUUCACCUGCGAGUCCAUCGUGCAUGUACUCUGUAUGUUCGCUCACAGUCCGGUAGCAUAGCAGAUUA